CACUCGGGAUAUGGUUAAACAGACGUGGAGUUCAGACAACCAGGCACAGCAGAUAUUAGCAGCAAUAACACGUAAUGCAAGAUGGUAUGGAUUACCAUUGCAACUCGUGGACGUAUUUCUCUUUGACACCGGAAGCACGGAGGUGUAGUAUGUUUUAGAUGAACGAUAUGACAUGUUGUUACCUCAGUGAACACAGCCACAGCUCGGUCAUCGAUCGCCUGAAGAGGCGACGUUAGAUUAGCUUAGAAACGUGAUUUGAUCGCUUAGAAACAGACCCACCGAAAUGCCUGAAAACAUGUCACCAGUACCCGUCCUGCCGUUGGUGAUCAACUGUUUCCUGUCGGUACUCGGCUGCAUGGCCACAUUGAAACUCAUUCCUGCUUUCAAAGACCAUUUUAUCUCAGCCAGAUUAUACGGAAUCGACCUAAACAAAACAUCCAAAAAGGAAGUCCCAGAGUCCCAAGGAGUCAUCAGUGGGACGGUCUUCCUCAUCAUCCUCUUCUGCUUCAUCCCGGUGCCUUUCCUUAGCUGCUUCGUAGGAGAUCAGUGCAAGGGCUUCCCACACGAUGAGCUUGUACAGCUGAUUGGUGCACUUCUGUCCAUCUGUUGCAUGAUCUUCCUGGGCUUCGCUGAUGACGUACUGAACCUGCGGUGGAGACACAAACUCCUGCUUCCCACCAUGGCGUCCCUGCCGCUGCUCAUGGUGUAUUUUACCAACUUCGGCAAUACGGUCAUCGUGGUGCCCAAGCCCUUCAGAGCCCUGCUCGGGCUGAAUUUGGAUUUGGGUAUUCUCUACUACGUCUACAUGGGAAUGCUUGCUGUUUUCUGCACAAAUGCCAUCAACAUCCUAGCAGGCAUCAAUGGCAUCGAGUCCGGUCAAGCCCUGUUCAUCUCCGGCUCCAUCAUCGUCUUCAACCUGGUGGAGCUCAGUGGAGAUUACCGUGAUGACCAUAUUUUCUCCCUCUACUUCAUGAUCCCAUUCUUCUUCACCACAUUAGCACUUUUUUACCACAACUGGUAUCCUUCAUCUGUGUUUGUGGGAGAUACUUUCUGCUACUUUGCUGGGAUGACCUUCGCUGUCGUCGGCAUUCUGGGGCACUUCAGCAAAACAAUGCUGCUCUUCUUCAUUCCUCAAGUGGUUAACUUUGUCUACUCGUUGCCUCAACUUUUUCACGUCAUCCCCUGUCCCAGACACCGGCUCCCCAGGCUGAAUCCAGACACAGGCAAACUGGGGAUGAGCUACUCUAAGUUCAAAAGAAAGAACCUCUCAAAAUUAGGAAACCUCAUUCUGCAGGUGGCCGAGUUAUUAAAGCUGCUGCAGGUGCGAAGAGGCCAGGAGGGAGACGAUGAUUUUAUUGAGUGCAACAACAUGACCUUAAUAAAUCUGGUCCUGAAAUUAAUCGGCCCCACCCAUGAGAGAAACCUCACAGUCAUCAUGCUCAUCAUACAGGUGAUCGGCAGUGUUGUGGCUUUUGGGAUCCGUUAUCAUCUGGUGCGUCUCUUCUACGACGUCUAGACAGCACUCUCGGAAAGAGGAGAUAUGAUGUUGUUUUAUGGAACUAUUUUACAGGCUCGUGGUCCAUCUGCCUUUCGAUAGACUCCAUUACCUCACUGUUACUUUUCUGUGUCACUCUACUUUGAGUAUAAAUCCAGUGCAAGGUUCAAAUCUAUAUUUGACUUUGUCCAACAUUUUUGUUUGAACAUACACUGCUAGGGGUCUGACAAACACAGGGUGUUUUUCUCCUGAAUAUCAGUAAUUGCAAACAGGAAAAAGUAACUAGGUCUUAAUGAUCGUAUGUGUCCGAACUGAAAGUAUAUUUUUGUACUUGUUUUUUAAAAGGAAAGUACAAGGGAUGACUUUCAGUUUUCAGGUCAGCCAACAUCAAUGGUUGAGGCCACUAAAUUGUUUCGAUUGGAUAACAGCUUAAUGGAUGUAGAAGUGCUCUCAGAAAAUAUCAAAUGUUCACGCUGCGGUCCAUUACUUGAAUCUGCUGUUAAUGCAAACAUGGCUUUGGGAAAAUGUGCCCAUUCCCACUUAAUUUACCAUAACAUGAGUAAUAUUAAUUAUUAUGUUAAUAUAUAAUUAUUAUAAUUGUAUUGUUUUGUUACCUCUGAACACACAAUGGUCAUUGUGAUGAAAAGCAGUGAAGAGAUGAGGCUAGAAUCAGUCUUAAGACCAAGAAUUAGGAGGAGACUGAGUUGUUGACAAAGUUACUUAGGGCUAUGGAGGGUGAAGGGUGUCCUGAUGAGAACAAAUGUGUAUACCUUUCUUGGUAUUAUAGCUGUAUUUUUAUGACUGAUAUGCAUUUCCCCCCCCCGAGUGUUCAGCAAACGUUAAUGUGAAGUAAACUGGCACUGGAGUAUUCUGUUCAGGAGAAAACUGUUUACUGUGGAGAUGAAAGCCUAUAAUUGAGAAAUUAAAGAUGAGAAAAUGAAAAUA